CGGCAUGGGAAAUUAAUAACAAAUUGCUUGUCAAGAAUUAGGAGGAGAUUAACAUCAAAAUGUCGGGCUUUUUAUCCCUAAUAGGGUGGACUUUUCUACCCAACCUCGUAACCGGCUGGGUACAAACAAUAUACUAUGGCAUAACCGUCCGCGCCGGCGAUCCCAAACCCCAACCCGGCACCGCCCGCUACGCCGAGCACCGCCGCCGCAUCCACAUCCUCGUCGUAUCCCUAUACCUCCUCUACACCAUCUACGAGGCCGACUACGAACUCCGCCGCGAGGGCUCUUUCUACUCGGACCUGGGUCUCCUCCCAUCGGCGACCGAGAAGGAGAUCAAGUCCCGCUUCCGCCGACUCGCCGCCCAGUUCCACCCCGACAAGGUCUCGGGCGACAGCGAUGGCACCGCUGCCCUCUUCUUCAUGCGCCUCAAGACCGCCCAAGAGACUCUAGUCAACCCGGCUCGCCGCUUCGCCUACGACCGCCUGGGCCCGGACGUGGUGUCGUGGACGCGCUGCACCACGAUCCGCGACUUUGUCUCGCAGGGCCUACAGAACCUCGUGCCGUUUUACGGCGCCACCGCCGGUUUCAUGUGGUUCCUCGGCUGGAUGGGAUACCUCGAGUGGGGACGCACAUGGCGCUGGCUUACCUUCUCCGCCAUGUUCCUGUUCGAGGUCCACGUCGUCACCCGCCCUCGCCACCCGGCCUUGUUCGUCCGCUUCGUCAACCCAGUCCUCACCCGCCUGUCCACCCUCGUCGGCACGGCAGCAGUCAACCCGCAGCAGCAGCAGCUCUCGUCGCCAUACCUACCCUUCCAGGCCAUCCAGCUCGCGCGCAAGGUGGCCGUGACGCUGUACGUGGCGUUUUCCCACAUCGGCCCGCUGCUAGGCGCCGACACGUCGAGCGGCCAGAUCAACGUCUCCCGCAAGGAACGCGAUGCGUCAAAGGCUGACGAGCAGCUGAACCAGGCCCUCAUGCGCCUCGAGCAGAUGGCCGGCGCCGUCGGCGGGGAUGCCGACAACCUGCUCAAGAUGGAGCUGGUGCCGUUCCAGGGCGACGCCGAAGCCGUGGCAAACGUGCAGGGCAAGAUGAAGGAGUGGCUCGUCAACAACACGAUCCGGUCGGAUCCUAUGGUCAGGGACGCGUUGGGGACGGCGCUGAGGAGGAGGAGGGUCGAUGCACCCCACGGCGCGCAAGGGACCAGGUAGACUAGACCAGAUCUAGACUGCUUUUUUUUUUUUUUUGUUGGCAACAUUGGC